CCUCAAUUGUCUUUAUCAACGCAGCACUUCCCGCGCCCGAGUCGCGAAAAAGUUUACCUCGCAAAAGCAGGCCAUUUUUAUCGUAAAAAAAUGUCACAGGAAAGUAUGUUGGUGUCACUCAUUGACUGCGUUAACUUUGCUGCCAUAAAGCAUUCGACACAGAGGAGAAAAGAUCCUGAAAAGUCGCCGUAUAUUAACCACCCUAUCGGUGUGGCGAGAAUCUUGGCAAAGGAAGGAGGGAUUUCUGACCUUGCAACCUUGCAGGCUGCCGUCCUUCACGACACGGUGGAGGACACCGACACCACCUUUGAGGAGAUUGAAGAGCACUUUGGCAAAGAGGUCCGGGACAUCGUCGCGGACGUCACGGACGACAAGACCCUUCACUGGCAGAAGCGCAAGGACCUUCAGGUCACCCAUUCGCCGUUCAUCUGCCCCAAGGCCAAGCUGGUCAAGCUUGCUGACAAACUGUACAACCUGCGUGACCUGGAGAAGAGCACUCCGGAGGGGUGGACCAAGAAGCGCGUCCAGACCUACUUUGAGUGGUCGGCCAAAGUCAUCAACGGGAUCAGGGGAACCAACGCAGAUCUUGAGAAGGAACUGGAUAAGCUCUUUACAAAGCGCGAUGUGCUACCAGACGGUUUAUAGGGAUGAUAUUAUUUUUUACCACGGGCCGAUUUUAUGGUGCUAAUCAGCAUAGUAAUUUGGUAAGCUCAAAAAAAAUAUUUGCUCAGUAAGAGCAGGUCACCGGCCAAAAUGUCAUGCAAUUUAUAUUGCCUGUGACUGGUACUUAGCUAAAUUUUUUGCUCAGCAUAAUUGGGUCAAGUUCACUGUGACUAGGAGCCAAGUCCAUUACGCUGCUUACCAAAUAAGAAGAAAAGUUAUGCUAACUUUACAUGUGUUUUAGCAAAGGUGGGGUAAUGUUUGGGCGAGCAUAGAGAUUACUGUCACCGCAUCAUUAUUUUAAGCAAACUCAGUCUUUGACAAGAGUUGAUCAUGCUCCUUGCUGUGUUUACUGCUUAGAGACUCCAUGAAGUUGACAUGGAGUCUGUAAGUAGAAACUUAAUAGCGUCAUGAAAUUUGGCCCAUAGAAUUAUCAAUGUUUUUUUCUAUAGCUACAUUCCUUACAUGUAAAUACAAUAUAGGUAGGAAAAAAAAAAUAAUAUAAUUGUAAAAUUUGUUUAAAGAAAUCCUCAGGAUAUUGGCAGCUUCUCUAUUUUUCUAUUUUUUUUAACGUAGAUUCCAUGACUUUCUCCUUGUAAAAAUAUGAUAGUAUUUGACUUUUUUGUUUGCAUUAUUGUAAGCAAGAUUUAGUGCCUUAUUUUAACAGCAACUGUGCUCCUGAUGGGCACAUGCAUUUUAAACAUCUGAUAAUGUGUAAUGAAUUAAAAUAAAAGGUUUGCAAGACAGUACACACUGUGCAAUACCAAACGUUUA